AAGCGAACGUGAUUGGUUAUAACCGCUGGAUCCAGCAAAUUAGUUUCAGUUACAGCUGAUAGAAAGCGGCAACUCGUGUAUUCCGUUCUGCUAAACGUAUCCAGGUGAAUGGAUAUGUUUACGUUGAAUACGAAAAUAAUAAAUUCAUAAAAUUUCUGGAGACCGUCUCGCAAUUUAGAGCUCCAUUCGCCGAUAACCACGGAGGAAAUGUUCCUGUCCAAGAUACCGCUUCUUCUCAGAAAUGCUGCAGCUGGUAUCGUGCAACAUGAAUCAAGAUAUCCUAAUGUUCUCGUGCGAAAAUAUCUACGAAACAACAUACCCUCCGUGACAUUUUCCAUGUCGACACAACUGCAAGAACAGAACGAGCAGCAGCAGCAACAGGAUUCAACGAGGGAACAGUCCUCACUUUCGAUAAACACGGGCAUGCCAGACAAGUUGUAUAAAAAAAUUGAGGUUGAAGUUAGGGGAAAUGAUCCAGCGGUAUUAAAAAGCUAUGGAGAAUUUGUGAUGAUGGCCGCAGGUCAUUUGAAUAUCAACAUAGGUAGAAACAUAGCGCCGCGUAAAGCUAUCCACGAACGGUGGACUGUGCUGAAGUCCGCGCAUGUUCAUAAAAAGCACCGUGUUCAGUAUGAAAUCAGGACUUACUAUCGCUAUCUGGACUUUAUGAAAUUGACCGGGUCGACAGCAGAUACUUUUCUAGAAUAUCUACAAAGAAAUUUGCCAGAAGGAGUGGCAAUGAAAGUGACCAAGAUUGAAAUGGAGAAGUUGCCCGUGAGUAUAGCUGAAAUGUGUAACACGUAGCUAUAAUGUGUAACUAGGAAUAAUUAUUCCUAUAAUUCAUAUUGUAGAUAAUUUAUCGAUAUAAACUGUAAGAAAAUA